UUGGGCUGUUCCAGUGAAGUUCCGGAUGUGCUGAACAGAUACGCGAACCGAGUAAUUUGGAACAGGAAGUAGCACAUCCAAAAUGGCGGAUCCUGUGGAAACAGCGGCAGCACUUGUCAUCAUAGAAGAGCUUUUUGACUCUUCAGAUGACGAAGACUCCAGUGUCACGGUGCCAUUACAUUUUGGACUGAUAGCUUUAUCAAUGCCAGAUGAAAGAGCAAAGAUACGACGAUACGCAGAAGAAGUUAUCCCUAUGUACACAGAUGAAGUAUUCAGAAGAUUGUUCAGGAUGUCUAGAGAUACAUUUAGUGUUCUGGUAGAUUUCAUAACAGAAUGUCCCGAUUGGCAAAGACAUCACACAGGAGGAUAUGAUCCUAUACCCGUUGAUAAACAGCUAUAUGUCACAUUAUGGUAUUUAGGUGGCACAGACACUAUAAAUAAAAUAGCAGACCGCUUUGGAAUUGGUGAAGCGUCCGUCAUUGAAUGCCGAAAGAGGAUUAUAAAAACUAUCUUAAAUCACUUAAAAUCUAGGUUCAUAAAAUGGCCAAGUCCAGGAGAAAUGGCAGAAGAAGCUGAUGUGUUUUCACAAAGGAAUGGUUUUCCAGGUAUCAUUGGAGCGCUUGAUGGGACACACAUACACAUAAGUAAGCCAAAAGAUCAUCCCCAGUCCUAUUUCAACCGUAAAGGAUAUUACUCUAUCCAGAUGCAAGCUGUUUGUAGACACGAUAUGAGACUAACACACGUUUUUGUUGGAUAUCCUGGCAGUUGCCACGAUGCACGUGUCCUUAAAAACUCAGACAUUUGGAACAAUGGGUUGCAACUCUGCAACAAUACUUACUGCAUUCUGGCUGAUGGAGCCUAUCCUAUCAGAAGAUGGUUACUCACACCUUAUAGAGACAAUGGCCAUCUCGGAAACCGUGAACGAAGGUAUAACCAUUACCAUUCAUCCUGUAGAGUCGUUAUUGAGAGGUCAUUUGGGCUACUGAAAGGACGAUUUCGACGUCUGCAAAACCUUCAGACAAGCAGUAUCAAAACUGCAUGUCAGAUAAUUAUGGCUAGUUCUGUGUUGCAUAAUAUAUGCAUUUUACAAAAAGAUGAGGUCAGUGAUUUCCUGGAGGAAGAUGGUGAUCAGCCAAAUCAUCACCAACCUGUUCCAAACAUUGUAGAAAAUGAUGCGGAAGGAGUUCUCAAAAGAAAUAUUAUUGCCAAUCGACUGGUGUGAAUUCAUUCAUAUGGUGUGUAUAUUAACAUUGAAUUAAAAGGAUAUAUGACUUCAUCAUCUGUUGAAUAGUUAUUGUGAGUAAUUAAACAGAGUGUGAGUGAGAUUGUAUUCUUGGCAUUGUACAAUAACAGUACUGCUACUGAUAGAUCAUCAUUGGCUUGCUUUCAAUUCAAAAUUUCAGAAUAUGUACACAGAUACUUCCUUCCUUGGAUUGUUCUUCAUUUUUUCAAAGUAUUAAAAUAUAUUGCACAUACAAUACCAUGCUGAUUUUUGUAAUUAAAUCUUUAUUCUUUAACAAAAUAACAUGUAUAUAUCUGCCUGAUAAAUUAAAAACAAAAGUUUUGCUGUACAAAAUUUGGGGAAAAAGUAACAACCAAAUUGUUGUCCCCUACUGUGUAAAAGGACAAUGUGAAGGUCAUAAGGUAAACUAUUUGUUCAUUGGCAUAAUUACAACAAAUAUCACAAAUACUUUCAGCGAGCAACUGACCAAAUAAUCACACUCAUAAAUGAUGGGGAUGACAAAAAGUGCCUUCUUGCUCCAUUUUCCCCCUAAUACAUUUUAAGUAGCUUUUAGAUGAAAGCCACUGAUUUUGAUAUGCAUAUGAACAUAUACAAGAUUAGAUAUAUUAACAGCU